GGGCAUAUUUUGAUUGCACAACAAACAUGGCAACCCCCGGUAGACGUGCAUGCCUGCAAUAUCUAAUACAUCUUGCUCAAGAUAACUUGGACUUCAGGUUACCGGAAAUCAAGGCUCUGCUGGCUCUCAGAGGAAAACGUUUCAAUCCUGGGGAGAACUUUAAAGAAAAGUGUCCUUUCUGGUGUCUGAAGGAUUUGACAGAGGAUGAUGUCUGCUGCAUCAUGGCCCGAUCUGUUUGUGCAAAAUCUGCGUUUGAACUGUGGGGCCACGGACGAACCCACAGUGAGCUCAGAACAUCCUUGCGGAAUUACCCAGCAGAACAGAUGUUGCCGUUUUUGCAUAAAGACUCAACAUACAGAAUAAAUGUUUACACCUUCAACAAAACCCUGGAUUUCACAGAGAGAAUUAAACGAAUUGAUGCAAUGGAUUACCUUCCAUUUGAGGGUCUUGUAAGUCUCAAGAGCCCUCAGCACGUUUUCUGCUUGCUGGAAGAUUACGGCACUGACCCAAACAACAUCCCUGAGCAUCCAUAUUACAUUUAUUUUGGCCGAUGGAUAGCGGAUGGUCAGCGUGAAUUGAUUCGUUCUCACAGUGUGAAGAACAGACACUUCAUCGGAAACACCAGUAUGGAUGCAGGCCUCUCCUUCAUAAUGGCCAACCAUGCCAAGGUCAAAGAACAUGAUCUUGUCUUUGACCCGUUUGUUGGCACUGGAAGCCUAUUGGUUGCUUGUUCUCAUUUUGGAGCCUACGUGUGUGGAUCAGAUAUUGAUUACAACACCAUCCAUGGCAAAGGAAGGUCCAGCCGCAAAGAUCAAAAGUGGAGAGGACCAGAUGAGAACAUCCGAGCCAACCUGCGACAGUAUGGAACAGAGAAACUGUAUGUGGAUGUGAUGGUUUCUGAUGCAUCCAAGCCUGUGUGGAGGGAGACCGCUCUCUUUGAUGCCAUCAUUACCGAUCCUCCAUAUGGCAUACGCGAGUCCACAAGGAGAACAGGCUCCCACAAAGAAACUACAAAAUGUGUGGUUGGCGUCUAUGCCGAGUCUCACGUGGCUGUAUCCCAGUCCUACCACCUGAGUGAAAUAUUGGCCGACAUGCUGAACUUCUCAGCACAUCGCCUCGUCAUGGGAGGGAGGCUGGUCUACUGGUUGCCUGUUUAUAGACCAGAGUACUGUGAAGAGAUGGUUCCCCUCCAUCCGUGUCUGCUGCUCAUUAGCAACUGUGAACAGAUGUUAUCAAGCCACACGUCUCGUCGCCUAAUCACCAUGGAGAAAGUCAAAGAACCAGAGGGAUUGGACAGUCUGGCUCAUCUUUCAAACCCUCGCUUCAGCGCCUACCAGGGACACGACACCUUCAGAGAGAAGUACUUCAGUGGACUUAACAAGAGGCUAAACAAAGAGAGCAAAUCUGAUGUCAAAGGAGACUCAAUCAUUCCAGGCUCAGAUAAUGACCGUUGGCAAGCUCCCAAAGAAAACAAACACGAGCCAAUUCAUUAAGGUCACGUGUCAAGAAAGAAGAGCUUAAAAAAAAAAAAAUCCUUUACAAAGACAAAAGAUAUUUAGCAAGAUUUGAUUAACAUCGGAGAGGUAUAUGAUAUGAAUGUCAAAAAGGAAGGUGUUUUAGCUGUUUGACCAUAUAAUUUUUUUUUGCAAUUGUUAAAUGAAUACAACACAUAUAGUCUUUCAGUCAAUGUUUGAGUGUUUGAGCAAACACACAAAUUCCCAGAGAAUUCCUCAGACCACUGUGAACAACUUGAACAUGAACACUGUGGCCCCACUAGUUUUGCACCUAAGAUAAUACAAGACAUGUCUUAUCAAAAUAAUCAAAUUACA